AUGGUCAAGCCGCCGACCAAGAAGACCAACCUCUCGGCCGAAAAGGACGACGCUGUUCCCAACAUGCGCGAGGCAGCCAAGCCGCCAGCCGACAAUCGAGCCAAGCUCACCAAACGCCGGUCGACCCAAAACCGGCGCCCUUCCACUGUCCGUGAGGAGAAGGAAGCCAGUCGGGCCGGAUAUGUCUCGAUCGACCCGAACCUGGUCAUCGCCACGGGGAUGAGCCCGGCAGAGCUGCAGGAGCUCAUCGAGAUCUUUUGGCUCGUGGACCUGGACCACGGCGGAACAAUCGACAUGGACGAGCUCGAGACCUUGAUGACGACGCUCGGCUUACGGGUCUCCAAGAUCCGAGCCGCUCGCGUUGCCCAUGUCGCCGAUGCUGACCCCUCCACGAACGAACGAACGACAUUGGUCCAGAACGAAAUCGAAGCCCUCAUGUCGGAGAUCGACAGUGGCGAAGAAAUCGAUUUCGAGUCCUUCGUCAAAGCCAUGUCGCGCAAAGUCCAGCUCUCCAUGAAGGACGACAGCCUGAUGCGGGCAUUCCGAGUGUUUGCCCCGCUCGAUCGAGCCAACAAUCGUGGACGAGAGGUUCACGAGGGCAUGAUAUCCGUCAAGACAACGAUCGAUAUCCUGACCGACUUUGGCGACGAGAACAAGCGACUCACUCGCGAGGAGGCCGAGGAUCUGGUCAUGCAGGUGGUCCAUGACAUCCAGUCCGGGUUUUAUGACUACAAGGCGCUGAUCCAGAUGUAUACCGAGAAGCCGAUCCAGGCCGGGGUGGCGGGCGCGGGGCCGGGACAGGGAAUCCCCACGACAGCAACGACGCCGCCGACGUAACGGCGCCCAAGCCGAAAUAGAUCGACCUGGAUACGCCGAG